CGUGAACAUCCAACAGGACCACAAGUACAAGGCUACAAGGGAAAGGUUACUUUGAGUCAUCUAAAAGUCAUUCAUGGUCUCUAUCCCACGUCCUCUGAAUUAACAAGCAUGGAUGACUUGGUAUUCACGGUGUUUCAAAUGUGGCCCGAAGUAUUAAUGUUGUUGGGUGUCGAGCCCGUCCUCGCAGCCGCCUCGCGCCCUUUGAAUAACCCAGGACUCAGAGCAAAGAAGGGAUCUCAAAAGGACGAGUAGUCUUUGAGGAGUAGCAUGAUCUGACACCGGUAUGAUCCUCCAGCUUAGAUUCCUAGCAAGUUCUCCCAAACCCUGGUAUCGGCCGAAGAGAAUGAUAGCCACUUGCUUGCCGCCGUACCGCACGCGCUUCCUUCAUCUAGUAUAUAAAGCCAUCUUCAGCUCCAAUUGCUUCGUCCUGGUCUCAUUGCGAGGCACGUAACAGAAAAGAGCAUCAAGUUUAAGCCUUCCGAUCCAGCCACAAGAUAUGAGUCGACAUUUCUCCUCUGCCGUGAGGGCGGCCGCAAGAAAAAUCUUAUGGUCAUUCAAUGGCACGACGAAGAAUUUGGAGGGGGAUGUGGCAGCUGUCGAACAAGCUGUUGGGGCGAUUCCAGAAUUGGCAAAGAAGGUGAAGAAGGGCGUCAUCAAUGGAGAUCCGCAUCCUACCAAAUAUGCCGACGGCACCGAGGAUCCGAUUCACAUUUCAGGCAUACUUGGUGAGGGAAACCUGAAGGGAUCUAAGAGGGCAACAUCCUUUCACUAUUAUCCGGAGACAGGUGACAUAAGAUUCUCGAAUUCAAGAUAUCCACCAGUCCGUAUCGGCGUGUCCAAUGCUGCAGCGGAAUCAUCGUCUUCUGCUUCUUCUGCUCAGGCCGCUACCACUACCGACCUCACAUGGAGGACAAACGGGCAGACCAACCGUGCAGAAUGGUGGGAUGGCACAAAAUGGGUUGAAGGAGAUUGGUCUGAUGAGUAUCAAAAAUGGUAUGCUUGGUGCAAUGGCCAACGGUAUUAUUGGUAACGUUAUAUAUGGGAUUUGAGAACAUUUGUGUUUGCGCGGGUCGCACAUAUAUUUGAUCUCAUAAACCACAUUGUAUCUUUUGUUCUAGCGUCCUCAAAAAUAGUUGAAGCCAAUUUGAAUGUGUAGUUACAAGUCUGUAGGUACAGAGAGCUUGACCUGUUGCCUUGCCCACCCGUGG